AUGUUCCGGAGUGAAGACGAGACGUCCAGCUCGCGUCGCGCUGAAGAGCCCGCCGAUCUGCCGGACAUGACUCGGUCGGCCAUGCUGGAUUUUGAGGACAUGUUCCAGACAGCCGAGCCGGGCGAGGCAGAAGACUCGCAUUGUUUAUUAUUCAAGCAGGAGUCCAGCGACGAAUAUGGUGAAGAGAAUUUUGGUCCGACUAACGACGCAUCCGAUCCCGCUCCGGAGGGAGACCAGAGUCCACCGCUAGACCGUAGUCGACCGAGGUCCGGGACAAGUUUGCCAACCGAGCUGGAGACCGAUUGGGUGACGAUGGAGGCCGACCGGGGUACCAGGCUGGCGGCGACCAGCCUGGCGACGGUCUCAGGAGAUGCCGUUUCAGGAGAUGUCGUUUCAGGAGAUGUCGUUUCAGGAGAUGUCGUUUCAGGAGAUGUCGUUUCAGGAGAUGUCGUCUUUGGCGAUGCGUUCGAAGAUAUGUUCGUGGACACCGUCGGCGAAGUCCAGGGCGGGGAGGUUAUGCAAUGGGAUGAGCUGGCGGGAUUCGCAGCCGAAGACGUGGAUGCGGCUGAGGAGGAAGCAUAUAUUUUGACGGCGCCCGAAUUGGCCGAGUGCGAAGUGGAUGGUGGUCAUGGUGGGUGGGGCAGUAGUCCGACGGACGAAUCUAAGCGGCUGCAGGUAGUGCGGGAAGAGUUGUUGGACGAGGAGGGGCCAGGUUGCGGAGUAUUGCCAGCCGAGGUGGUUACGGCGGAAGUGGCUGCGGAGGCAGCGGAAGAGUGUGGACGACGACGGACGCAGAGUGUGGAGAUCACAACGGCUAAUGGCGAGACGGAAACAUUGGAGCGUCGCGACGCGAUAUUGCGAGCAGUGACGGAGGCUACAUCGAAGGUGCAUUUGAUUUCAUUGGGCGCGAAGCUGGUUUCAUUUAUGGGGCUGAAGAACCGGUUGAUUCGGAAGAGUGCAUUCUUUCCACCUAGUCCGGAGUCGUAUAGGUUCGUGACGUUGCCCCCGACGGCGACGAAUGCGUUGAUGAAGCCUCCGACGAGUGCGGACAAGAUCUUGGCGGAAGAGUGUGUCCUAUUCCUGCGGACACACGGCCAUAAAGAGGGUACAACGGAGGCGGGAAGUAUGCUGGCUGCGUUGCCUGCCUGCAAGCUGCGCGUCGCGGCCUUCCGACUGCGACGAGUGGCGGACGGUGACAUGACCACGGCAGCACUGCUGCUAUACAAACCGAUCUACAAGUCGGAGGCUGUGUGCGAUGAGACCCGCGCCGAUAUGCUCACAGACCUGCAACUACGCCCGCUGCUAAUCUUCUCGCACGGCAAUAGCAUCGACAUCGGCUAUCACCUCAUGUCGCUUGUGCAACUGGCCACGCGUCUACAUGUCAACGUCCUCGCCUACGACUACCCUGAGUACGGCCUGAGUCGGGGGAAGCUGACUGAGAAAAACAUACUCAAGGCCUUCCGCGUCGCCUAUGACUUUGCCAGACAACGACUCAAGGUGCCCCGGACCAUGAUCUUCCUGUACGGACAGUCAGUAGGCAGCGUACCCACCUGCUACGGCGCCGGUAACCCCGACCAAUUCAAUUGCUGCGGAGUUAUUUUACACGCGCCACUUGCUAGCGCACUCCGUAUCGUUGCACCUUCCACCAAAAAGAGCAUCAGCACUUCCGACGUUCUCGACAACAAUAAACGCAUCGGCAACUGUCCUUGGCCCAUACUCAUCAUCCACGGCUGCCACGACGACGGUGUACCCCCCUGGCACGGGUGCCAACUCGACCGCACAGCCAGAGACAUCUCGAACGCGUCUGAGACCAGCGUGUCAAUGUUUAAGGAAUACGUCCUGCCUCACGUCAAGACGUUGGCGCCUUCUCAGGGGCUGGUGGACAUGGAGAUGGCCUGGAGCAAUCGUGUGACUUUAUGGCUACCAGAAUUCGCCAACCACAACAACAUAGAGAUCUUAUACAAAUCGGAGUACUUCAAGCGGCUGCGACUGUUUAUCGCUCAGUAUGCAGGUCGGUUUGCCUUUAGGAAAAAGGGCGAGUAG